AUGGCCCUUGCCACGAAACGGCUACGCCACCAAGACUACACAGUCGCAUGGGUGUGCGCCUUGCCGCUGGAGAUGGCUGUCGCCGAAGCUAUGCUCGACGAGAAGCACCAGAGUUUACCCACCAGCCCCGGCGACGAUAACUCAUAUAUACUUGGCUCGGUUUUUGCACACAACAUUGUGAUUGCCUGUCUGCCUUCAGGAAUCUAUGGAACAACGUCGGCGGCAACGCUGGCCUCGCAAAUAAGAACCACUUUCCAGUCUAUCCGCUUUGGCUUGAUGGUUGGUAUCGGCGGAGGUGUUCCAAGCGCAGAACAUGAUAUCCGUCUAGGCGAUAUUGUUGUCAGCAAACCGACCCGCGAUUUCGGUGGUGUCAUCCAAUUCGAUUACGGAAAAACGACUGCUGGUGGGCAAUUUGAGCGCACCGGGGUUUUAAACAAGCCUCCUUCGGUGCUUCUCACUGCGAUCUCGAGGAUCCAGGCAGCGCAUAUGUCAUCACCCAGUCAGGUCCCACUGUUUCUAGAUGACGCAGCUACUAGAAAUACAUCUAUGAAGGUGAAUUUCACAUACUGUGGGGAGGAGCAAGACCAAUUAUUUGAGUUUGACUACGAACAUGUUGAGUCCCAAAGUACCUGCGACAAAUGCGACCAUACCAAACUCAUUACGCGGAGUAUCAGAGAAGGAAAAGCCCCUCAUGUCCAUUAUGGGCUAAUUGCAUCGGGAAAUCAAGUGAUGAAGUAUGGACAGAUUAGGAACAAACUGGCACAGGAGUUAGGUAUUUUAUGUUUUGAGAUGGAGGCAGCAGGCUUGAUGGAUAGUUUCCCAUGCCUAGUUGUGAGAGGCAUUUGUGACUAUUCCGACUCACAUAAGAAUAAACAAUGGCAGCCAUACGCGGCCGCUACGGCGGCUGCGUAUGCAAAAGAGCUGCUUUCAGCGAUCCACGCAAGCCGAGUUACAGAAGCACCAAUAAGCCUUUAUGAAAGUGACCCUCAGGUUCAGAUGCGAUCCUUUUCAAAUUGGGUAUCUCUGAAAAGCGAUAUCGAGGAUGACAAAACCAUUUUCGAGCGGAUUUCAACCUACGACCACGAGAAAGCUCACCAGCGACUAUCCCGCAAAAGACUUGUGGGCACAACCCAGUGGUUCUUAGAUCAUCCAGAAUUCAAAGCCUGGUUUGAAAACAAAUUUACACGUUUAUGGUGUUCCGGAAAAAUUGGAUCCGGUAAAACGAUAAUAGCGGCUUCGGUGGUAGAAGCUGCAAAGCACCGUUCGCCUUCAAUGCAAGCUCCUACCAUUUUCUUCUACUGCGAGGAAGUGCAACAUGCUUCCUUGGAAGGGUCAUAUGUUCUUUCAAGUCUUAUUAAACAACUAUGUGCAAUCAUAAAACAAAUAAACAGGCCCUUUCCGGAAGAUAUAAAAUCAAAACUUGUCAAAUACUUUGGACACGAGCGAAUUCGGCCAGAAUUUGAGGACCUAGAAGAUAUUUUUACUCAUCUUUUUCGUUUGACACCGAAUACCAUAUAUGUUGUGGAUGGAAUCGACAGUCUAGACCGAACACAUAGUGCACGGCUUUUAAAGGUUUUCCGAUUGCUCUUCAAUGGCCGGACUUCAUCGCAUGGCUCAAGAAUUCUCUUGCUUAGCAGAGACCAAAUUCCAGGUUAUAUCGACGUCACUGCGAUUAUACCAGGAAUUCGACGAAUCUCCACCUCGUCCAAUGUUUCACGAGAUAUUAAAGUUUACAUUGAAGCGAGCAUCGCUGAUAAGUCGAUGGAGAGGAAGCUCACGGAUGAUUCGGGAUUACUAGAAGAGAUAAAGCAGGUACUUCUGUCCGAGUCUUCGGAAAUGUUUCUAUGGGUAUACCUUCAACUGGAAAUUCUAUGGAACACAUGUUUCACUGAUGCAGGAAUUCGUUCAUCCUUGAGCCAACUCCCAAAAGGAUUGGAAGAAACCUAUUGCCGUUGCAUUGAAAGAAUCGCCUUUUCUGAGACAUGCGCGCUCAAAGUACUCAAAUGGGUCAGCUUUGCGACCUAUCCGUUGCAUAUAGAAGAAUUGAGAGAAGCUGUCGCAUUUGACAUUGAGGACGAUUCAUGGGAUGCUGCAAAAAUACCAAGAGCGGAGUUUAUUAUUGGUUGCUGUGCUAAUCUCGUCGUUGUUGACCCUACUGAUAACUGCGUUCGUUUUGCCCAUUCUUCAGUUAGACAAUUUCUCGACAAUAACCGAGAGAAUUACAUUUUGGGAUAUCCACAGAGCGCAGAAGAGGGUCAGCUUGAGUGUGGCGAGCUUUGCAUUGCUUAUCUUUCCUUCUCGAACUUUGGUCUCGAACUGGUGAAUCCAGAUAAUCAGACCGUGGCUAUCAAUGUUCCAAUAUCAACACCCAUUAGUUUAGCAGGCGAAUCUCUCGGUCCACCAUUUACCAAACUCUUCUCCAAGGUUUGGAAAACCAAGACGUCUCCAAUGCCCUUGGAGUUUCGUCGACUGCAGCCAAUCCCAAAACCUGGCGUGGCUCAAUAUCGGUUUCUAAACUAUGCGGCGGCAAAUUGGGCACUGCAAACCAAACAUAUCAAGGUCAAAUCGCCAAUGUGGCACAAAUUUAAGCAGCUUGCCUUUACUUUUAAUGAGUCUUGGAAUUUUCACCCGUGGAUGUCUGGUGGCCGCUCGGCACUGUCUCGUCUGCAUAGUCUCUUUGGGUGGGCUGUUAAAGAACAACAUAUUCCGCUUUUAACCCUCGCAACCAAUUCAAAAAAAGACAUAAAAGAAGUCUGUGAUAUUCCCCUUAUUGACGAAGGUAUUCCAGCGCUCCAUGUUGCCGCCAAAUUCGGGUAUAAGCAAGUGCUCAAAGUCCUGUUGAAUAUAUGCACAGUCAACCGAUUUGAUAAAGAUGGAUUUACAGCCUUGCAUCAUGCAGUUAUGAAAAGUCAGCUCGGUACAGUGAAAAUGCUUUCAAGUGCACCGGGGGUGGAUAUAGAUGCUCGAUCGUCAAAAAGUUUUCAACGUUCACCUCUUUGGGUAGCCGCCCACCACGGGCGUCUCGGAAUUGCGACUGUUCUGAUUAACAGAGGGGCAAAUUUGAACGUAAAAGAUGCCACAUCCGGCCGAACACCUCUAUUUUGCGCUGUGGAGUGUGGCAACUUUGGUCUUGUGGAGGUUCUACUCCAUAACGGAUGCGACGCCAACUCUGAAGACUCUCGCCGCAGAACACCUUUUUUUCAAGCUAUGAAAAAUAACGAUCCUAUAACUUCCAGAUUACUUCUUGAAAAGACUUUCAUUGCGGAAGGACGUGGUUUAAUGCUGUUGUUGGCUGCGGAGAAUAACUUCGAAACAAUAAUGGAGUUACUUCUGGUUAAUUCGACACGCACGGAAAGAUUGUUUAGGGAUAGCAAAGGACUAACUCCAUUACACUUGGCUGUGAGAAACGGAUUUGAGACAAUCACGCGUCAAAUUAUUACUCAUUCUGGCCAGGAGGAGAGAACUUCCAAGGAUAAUGAAGGACUGAAUCCAUUACACUGGGCUGCAAGAAACGGAUUUGAGACAAUCACACGUCUAAUUCUACUUGAUUCUGGCCGGGAGGAGAGAAAUUCCAAGGAUAAUGAAGGACUAACCCCAUUACACUGGGCUGCAAGAAACGGAUCUGAGACAAAAAUGAAAGAGCUUCUUGUCUACGCAAACCCCCAGAACAUAUCUGCCAGGGAUUUGUGUGGGAGGCAUGCACUACAUUUUGCUGUAAUGCAUGGCCAUAUACGAGCGGUACUAGCUCUGCUUGAAAAAAUGACAAAUAUUGACUGUGUGGAUAAUUGGGGUCAAACACCUCUGAUGCUGGCUGUUCAAAACAAUAUUAUAUCGAUCAUCGAACUACUGGUGGAAAGGGGAGCAGAACCAGGAUUCCGAGACGAUCUUGAAAGAUCUCCGUUAUCCUUUGCUAAGACGACGGCAGUGAUGAACAUCCUUUACAAUGACUUUACACCUGACCGCUAUCCUUUAAUAUGGGCUGUGGUGGAAGGAAACGAAGAGGAGGUAGCUUCCCUCCUUGAGCAGGACAUCGAUCCAGAUGACAUAGGCCCAGGGGGUUACACAGCGCUAUAUUGGGCCACUAGAAACAAGGACAAAGCAAUCAUCAAAUUAUUGGAGAAAUAA